ACAGAUCCCAAUGCGGCUGUUUAUACCUUUGCCGGGCAUGUCUUUAACUGGGUUGGUGUUACGCACAUUAUCUUUUCGAUAGUGUUUGCUGUCGGUUAUUGUGUGGUCGCUGAAGUAUUUCCAAAAAUUAAACUCUGGCAGGGCUUACUGGCAGGUGCUUUAGCCCAACUUUUUGUUCAUAUGAUUUCUUUCCCUCUCAUGGGACUGACACCACCUCUGUUUGAUCUUCCGUGGUAUGAGAAUGUCUCUGAAAUUUUUGGACAUUUAGUCUGGUUCUGGUCUAUUGAAAUUAUUCGCAGAGAUUUACGAAACAGAAUUACUCAUGAGCCAGACCCUGAGAUCCCUUUAGGCUCAAACAGAUAA